UGGAUCCUUUCCUCUCUCAGGGUAGGUUACUAUCGUCAUCCCUGACUCUACUACAUGAUGACACUGAUGAUACACUCCUUAGAUAAAAUAAUUGCGUGUUAUAAACGCGCUUCAGGUGUUGUCAGUUUCUUUCCUUAACCUCAUCACAGCCUUUCCGCAUCUGAGCCCAUCCUUUCCAGAACCCAAUUCAAAGUUUCUAAACAGACGCCAUAAAAUGUCCCAACCAUUGAUGCUACGAAACAAUUCAUCAGCAGUGCUCGCUUCUGAUAUGAAAAGCUCGCGCGUGAACCAAGCGGAUUCUCGUUCACCACCAUUGUCCUCGGUGGAGAACCUGAAUAACGGCAAUAGACAAUACCCACCUGAGAUUGUUCAAGGAAGAGAGACUUUGCAACGUAUCGUACAAGCUUUCUCCACACGAAUCAGUGGGGAGUAAAGAAUUCAUCACGUCGCUUCCCUAACGUCCCCACGCCAUGACUCCCCUUUCGCUGUCGUUAAGUUUACGUUUUCGUUCGUCACAUACAUGUAUGUAUCACCACAUUUUUAUUAUACUCGCUUUCUUCGUAUUUCGUAGUGUGCUGUAAUAUUAUAUCAUGUUGUAUAAUCCCCCAUCUAUCCUAACUUACCUCGACCGUGUCUCUUUACCUUACCGACGUACACGGGUCUUCGUAGAUCUAGAAUCGUAUAUUGAUUGAAUUAACGGUUCAACGUUCAAGAGC